CCCCCUAUCAAUCUCUCCCCCCGUAUGAAACUCUUCUCCUCUCUUCUCCUCUAUCAAUCUCUCCCCCCCGUAUGAAACUCUUCUCCUCUCUUCUCCUCUAUCGAUCUCUCCCCAACUAGAGUUUUGAUGCUUUCCCCUCCGCGGCUUAUUCUUCACUGAAAAUGAUUGUAUUUCGUGGACUCCUCGUCGUAGAUUCGUAGACUUUGAGAAACCCUAAAUCGAGAUUGAAAGGUUAAAUCGAUGUAGAUCCGGCUUCUGGAAACCCUAAAUCAAGCCAACAGGUCUCUCUCUCUCAAUCGUGCUUUUGGUGAUUUGGUCUGUUAUUUAAUAUGAUGAAUAAACUAGAAGCUCCAAAUCUGUAUGAAGAAUUUUUUUUUUAGGGUUUAUAGUUUUGGUUUCUGUAGGAACACAUUUUGGUAGGGUUUGUGUUCAAAAAUUAAUAUAUAGUUUUGGGUUUUGAUGUGUUUGGCUACCGAGAAAGUGGAAGAUAAUAGUUUUGGGUUUUGAUGUGUUUGGGUCAAUCCACCCAACCUGGAUAUCAAAGAUGCUUGAUCGUUGCUUUAGAGUCAGUCAUAUUGUUUCUUCAGUUUUUUUUUUUGGUAAAACUGUUUGGUUUCAACAUGUCAAGCAGCCACCGGCUCUUCAACCGGAUUAUAAUUGAUUCAGAUUUAGAUUGACCCACAUCGACCUGAACCCGAUUAUAUCGAACUCUAAUAUUAUUAUUCAAUUGCAUGCUUGACGCCCUUCAAGUAGAAUGUGUAAAAUGUUUGUGCAGAAUGUGUUCUAUUAGAAAGAAAGUUGUUAGAGUUCUGUUUGCUUGUUACUUAUCUCAAAAAAAAAAAAAAAAAAGUUCUCUUUGCUUGUUUCUUAUCAGCAACCAUUGUGGAGAUUUUGGAGGACAAACUUGUACUACCCAAUGUCCAGUGUCCAUUUUCUUCUUAGCUCUCUCUACAUGGGAGCUUUUUCCAAGAUGCUAGCCAUCAAGAGAUGACAUUGCAGAUUCAUAUGGAUGUGGUGGACAUAUAUGAAUGCAUCUUACUUUUUGCGUUUUACCUUAUAAUAUGGAGGGGCUAGUCUCCUAGCCUGGCCUGAUCCUAAGUGACUCCUGUCAUGAUAGACCUAUAGUCUCUUUAGUCCUUUCUCUGACAUCUUGAAACAUGAUAGAGGCAAUAAAGAUGUCCUUGGUUUAAUGCUAAAAGAAAAUCGCUUAAGAUCUUAUAUUAGUGAUCAGCGCUAUAUAAUUAAAGAAUUUGUGGAGUAUUAAGAAAUAGAAUGUACAACAAAAGUCCAUCUCCCUCUUUCUUACACCAAAGGAAAUGGGAGAAGUAAAGGUUUGAACACAGAAAAAGUAUUGAAGACAAAUUGAAAAAUAAUGAAAUAAGAGGAGCAGUUAGCUCGUUUUGUGUUGUGCAGUUUUGUGUUGUGCAGUUUUGUUCAUUGAUUGGGGUGGGUCUAUUAUUUAUGGAUAAUAAUAAAUUUUUGUUUCUGUUUGUGUUCAUGACAUUACCUCUCUUAUUGCCCUAACACUAAUAUGAUUUAUCUGUUUUUCGUUAACACUCCCCUAACAGUAAGUAAGUUGGUCCACCUCUCUUCUCUAAAAAAAUACUUCUAAACCCUUAUACAUAAACUAAAAAUGAAGACACUUAAUUUGCACCUUAUCAACAGUUCAACAGUAUACUCCAUUGCCUAUUUUGGCAAAAUGUUGUCUGGAGAAAAGGUAUCGAGUGAAGAUUCUUCUUCUUCACUUGUUACUCAUACUUUGAGAAACAAUCCAAUGUGUACUUGUGAUUCACCCGCUUCACUUAGAACAUCGAAUACGCCAAGAAAUCCAGGUCGAUCAUUCUUUGGGUGUUCAAAGUACAAUUCUCAGGGGUUACCACACUGCAACUAUUUCAAAUGGGCAGAUAGCGAUAGCUGCCAUGAAAAAGAAAAAGAAAUUGAGAUGUUAAGGAAGGAGGAAAAACUUCAGAAAACACAGUUAGAGGUUCAACAACAUAUUAAAGAGGUUCAAAGAAGAGAGGAAGAGGUUCAAAGAAGAGAGGAAGAGGUUCGAAGUUGGAUGGAAGAGAUUCGAAAUUGGAUGGAAGAGAUUCGAAAAAGAGAGGGCGAACUUUUCAAGAGGGACUUGGGAGUCCAGCGUCAAUGCCCAAGUGUUUGGCUCUAUUGUAUAAUUUGUAUCCUACUUUAUUUGUACUUCUCACAAUCGUAGUGAAUACCCAAUAAUCUGGGCAACUUCGUGUAUAAAGUUGAUCACUUGUGAUAAUAUGUGCUUUAGAGUAGCUGUAGUCCAACAGUCUACAAAAUUAACUUGAACAAGUCUUUAUUCUGUAUUUAGUGUCUGCUCAGUUGUUUUGAAAAAGUAGGCAGCUGACUUACAAGUUACAACUGAUCUUGGAAACUGUUGAUUGUGUCUUUGGGCAUUAGUUCAU